UGAAUGAAAUGACAAGAAAAAAAGAGUUUCAGUUAGACUGAGAGUUGUGGGGGGGGUAUGGGGGCUAACUCAAUUCCAUAUCUCAGAAAUGAUGUAGCACUGUGUCAAGCUGUGCUGACCUUUGAACAAAGGGAAAGGAGAUGAAAGUCAUUGUUAGAAGUCAAGAAAGAAUGAGAUAAAGGGAUCUGCUUGUUUCACUGUGGAUAACGUCAUAAGGUGAUGGUUUCAUUUUUCUUAAGGCAGAACAGAGAGUCUUCAUGGCCGCCAUGUGCCAGAGGAGAAAGUGGACCUCCCUGAUGGAAGCGCUUGGAGAAUAUUUAGAUGGGAAGAAGGAGAGUGAGGAAGAUCAAAGCAAGAGCUACAAACAGAAAGAAGAAAGCAGACUGAAAUUGGCUAAACUGCUGCUCUGUGGCACUGAGUUGGUGACAAAUAUCCAGGUAGCUGCAGAUAUCAGAGAGAUCCACAGGAGAGUCGAGGAAGAGGAGAUAAAGCGUCAGCGACUUGAAAAGCUGGAGAACGAGGUCAAGACCAGCCAGGACAAAUUUGAUGAGAUCACUGUCAAGUGGGAGGAGGGCAAACAGAAGAGAAUCCCCCAGGAGCUGUGGGAGAUGCUCAAUGCCCAGCAGGUGCACUGCGCUGGGCUGAUAGAAGAUAAGAACAAGCUGAUCAAUGAGUUACAGCAGGAGUUAAAAACAAAAGAUGACCAGUACGUGAAGGAUUUGAAAAAGCAGUCAGAUGACAUUUGCCUGCUCCUGGAGCGGAUGGAAGAGCAAGUGAAGAAUGUGAUGAAAAGCUUUCGCCAGGAGCUCUAUCACAUUGAGAAAGCAUUUGAGACAGAGCGACAAGAGCUGCUGACCAGUAAUAAGAAGAAGUGGGAGCGAGCCCUGCAGACUCACAACGCCAGGGAGCUCGAAUAUCUCAUGAACCGCAUCAAGAGGGUAGAGGACUACGAGAAGCAGCUCAACAAGCAGAGGAUCAGGGACUGCGAAGAGUACAACUCGAUCAAGAUCAAGCUGGAGCAGGAUGUGCAGAUUCUUGAGCAACAGCUUCAGCAAAUGAAAGCAACUUAUCAGCUAAACCAAGAGAAGUUAGAGUACAACUUCCAGGUGCUGAAGAAAAGAGAUGAAGAGAGCACAGUGAUCAAAUCCCAGCAGAAGAGGAAGAUCAACCGCCUGCAUGAUGUUCUUAUCAAUCUGAGAUCAAAAUAUAACAAGCAGGUAAAGCUGUUUCAGGAGGAGAACCGGUCACUAACGUCAGACUACAAACGCCUUGUGACGCAGUUCAAGGAGCUGCAGAAAGCCAUGAGGCACUUUGCUGUUAUUGAUGACAAGCAGUUUCAGGAGAUUUGGCUGAUGAAUGAAGAGGAGGCAAAGGAUCUGAUAAGCAGAGCCUUUGAUGUGGACAGGAUCAUCCAUAUGCAACAUCUGGGGCUCCCCUGGACAGCACCUGACUUCUGGUUCCUGAGGAACGUGGGGCCGAUUUCUCAGCAGCAGAAGUCGGCCACACAAAUCUUAGAAGAAGUGCUGAUGCAAGCAGAAGAGGAGGGCACAGAGGAGUCCGAAUCAGAGUCUUACCUGGACCUGCCAAAGCAAGUUUCAGCGAAAACUACCCGAAAGAUCUUGAUGCUCCUGUGUGACGAGUCGGGCUUCCUCAUAGAGAAAAAGCUGCUGGGCCUUCUCCUGCCCCUGGAGAAGGACGAGUGUUACAUGCUGAGGCUGGAUGCCAUCUUCUCAGCCCUUGGAAUUGAAAAUGAGGAUGACUUGUAUAAACUGGUGAACUUCUUCCUCAAAUACCAAGCUCAUCACUUACCUCCCCCCCAGGAGCAAACCAGCCUGAUCUCAGCAUCGGAGACAGUGGAACAGCUGGUCCUCCAGGGAGUGAAGUCAGGGAGCCUUGCAGAAGGAGAGCCACAAGAGCAGGAGCCCCCGCCUUCUCCCAGGCUCAUCCACCCCAAUGACGUCCUCAAGAUUCUGGAGGCCUUUGUCAUGGGUCUGAGGAAGCCCAGGGACUUUCAGGUACCAGUGAAGUUGCUGAAGGUUGUGCGCGAUGACUCAAAGGACUCCGAGUACUGGAAGGCCCUGACCACGGUUAUCCCUUCCACCAAGCAGAACCUCUGGGAUGCCCUCUACACGGCCUUGGAGAAAUACCACCUUGUCCUGACCCAGAGAGCUGAGCUGCUGGUAGAAAACCAGUGUCUGGAGCGGCAGAACACGGAGCUCCUGCAGCUGCUGCAGCAGUAUCUAGACUCCAGGAUAAACUCUGAACUGCAAGUUCCUCCGACCCAGGUGUUCCGGGUCCCCACAAAAUAGAGCCGGACCUCGAGAGGCUGUGUUUUAGGGCUGACACUGGUAUGGGCGCUGGUGCCAGAGGUGGCGAUCCCCCGGGCAGCUGUCUGGGCCCACUCCCUGGCUUUCCCAGAGCCGCCUUCAUAGGCCCUGUCACAACAAGGUGACAAGAGGAGUUACCUGUGUCCUGCA